AUGGUUUCUUUAGAUAAUGUUAGUGAUGUGAUUAACAAAGAAUAUAAUGUUCGCUUGAAGGCUUCAAUUUCUUGUUUACGUUACCUAUUGGGACAAGGCAUGGCAUUUCGUGGUCAUAGGGAAGGUGAAGAUUCCCUUAAUAGGGGAAAUUUUAUUGAACUUUUAAAAUGGUUGAAGGCACAUAAUGAAGUUAUUUCAAAAGUGACUUUGGAAAAUGCCCCUAGAAAUUGUCAAUUGACAUCUCCAACUAUUCAAAAAGACAUCAUCAAUUGUUGUGCUAAAGAAACAAUGAAGAGAAUUGUGGAUGAUCUUGGUGAUGACUACUUUGCUAUAUUAGCCGAUGAAUCUAGUGAUGUGUCCCAAAAGGAAGAAUUGGCUCUUUGUUUGCGCUAUGUUGAAAAGAAAAGGGGAAAGGUAGUUGAGCGAUUCAUUGGUCUUAUGCAUGUUGGUGAUACUACAUCUUUGUCUCUUAGAAGUGCAAUUAUGACUUUACUUGUUGAACAUUCAUUAAGCCCAUCCAAGAUUCGAGGACAAGGAUAUGAUGGGGCUAGUAACAUGAAGGGUGAGAUACAUGGACUCAAGACUUUGAUCAUGAAAGAUACUCCAAGCACUUACUACGUACAUUGCUUUGCCCACCAGCUUCAACUAACAUUAGUAGCCAUUUCAAAAAAGAACGAUGAUUGUAGUUGGCUUUUUGAAACUGUUGGAAUUUUGUUGAAUGUAAUUGGAGUUUCUUGUAAGAGAAAUGAAUUGAUUCGUGACAUUCAAGCACAAAAAGUUGCUCAAGCAUUGGAAGUUGGUGAGCUUGAAUCGGGAUCGGGGUUGAAUCAAGAACUUAGUUUGAAGAGGCCUGGAGACACUCGUUGGGGUUCUCACUACAAGACUCUUUUGAAUAUCAUGGACUUGUUUUCUGCGAUUUUUGAAGUUCUUACAAUGAUUGGAAAGAAAGAUUCAAUUUUCAGUGAUAAGGGAAAAGCUCAAGGCAUUUUGUACUUACUAGAGUCAUUUGAUUUCGUGUUUAUGGCACAACUAAUGACUACUAUAUUUGGGUACACUAACGAUUUGUGUCUUGCUUUGCAAAGAAGAGAUCAAGACAUCAUUAAUGCUAUGAGGCUUGUCACUCUAACCAAAGAUCAACUACAGAAAAUGAGGGAGGAUGGAUGGGAGAUUCACUUGAACAAGGUAAUCUCAAUUUGCAAUAAAAAUGACAUUGUUGUUUCGGAUAUGAAAGCUCACUAUAGCCCUCAUGGAAGAUCAAAACGUUUUGUUCAACAAGUUUCAUAUCUUCAUCAUUUUCGUGUUGAUGUGUUUAUCAAAGUGAUUGACUUAUUACUUCAAGAACUUGAUAAUCGAUUCGAUGAAGUUAAUAUGGAGUUGCUCAGAUGUAUGGCUUGCUUCAAUCCUAGAGAUGGCUUCUCUUCUUUUGACAAGGAAAAGGUACUCAAACUUGCCACUUUUUAUCCUUCCGAAUUUUCAAACAUUGAUUUGAUGAACCUUGAGUGCCAACUUGAUUUAUUCAUUGGAGAUAUGAGAAGUGAUGAAGACUUUCGGAAUUUGCGAGAUAUUAGUUCUCUUUUGGUGAAGCUUGUUGAAACAAAAAGAGAUGUGGUUUAUUCACGUGUGGCUUUGCUUAUCAAGUUGAUUUUGAUUCUUCCGGUUGCCACUGCAAGUGUAGAGAGAGUGUUUUCUGGAAUGACGUUUGUGAAGAAUAAGUUGCGAAAUAGUAUGGGUGAUCAACCUUUGAAUGAUUGUUUGGUCACUUUCAUUGAGAAAGAUGUGUUUCUACAAGUAUCCGAUGACGAUGUAGUGAAUCGUUUUGAAGCAAUGAAGACUCGUCGAAAAAUAAAUCAGAUAUAA